CAGAGCACAGCUGCCUCAGGCAGAGGCAGCCCGUGGCGUUCCCACUAUGGAGAAGGUCCUCUCCUUUCUGGAUAGCGCUACUGAACCAUGGCUGAGCUUUGGACACUUCUCCUCGGCCUUGGUGGACAUUUACCCCAAGUGCGUCUUUCUGAGCGUAGUAGGUGUGCUUCUCUUGUACCUGAGGCGCCUGAUCCCGAAACCAUUCCCACCCACACAGGACCAUCAAGACGUCAGACAGCAACAGGGCAGAGCUAAAAAAGGGAGGAGAGCGUCAUUUAAAGAAUUUAGACUCUUCCACAGAGAAGCACAGGAGAGGAGGAAGCUGCUGUCUGUUGUGCAAAGCCCUUUAGGACAGCUGUAUGAUGCCUCCCACUUUCGGCAAGCGCUUUGCCCGGAUCCCUGCUGCGACGUGUGCAACGGGGCGACGGCUAAGGUCAGUCGUCUGCUCUCGUGGGGCCCCCUGGACGAUGGCGCUGCCUCCGCCUCCAGCGCGGCUUCCACGGCUUCCGUGACGGAGACUUCGCUUACCCCGUCCCCUCCCCUCUCACCGAGUCCUUCAGGGUGUCCGCUCUCGUCUCCUUCGCCUGCACCUUCUCCUCCCCCUCCGCCUCCUUCCCCCUCCGUCGCCUCAACUAACAAAGCCACCCCCUUGGAAGACCUACUUUUGCGUGCACCACAGGGUGGCUCUCCGCCGUCGGAGCCUGUCCUCACAAGCACUGACUUCCCGCUGGGCCACAACCCACCUCAUCCUCCUCCCGAGGCACAGCCCGCCGCUCCUCAAACGGAAGGGUCUGCACAACUGGAAACCCUUCCGUCCGCGGAGGGUGGCCCACGAGAGCCGUUCGCCACAGCCUCAACAAGCAGGGAAGCUCGUGGUGACACACCGGGGUUCUCCACGUCACAGCCGGGAUGCUUGGUUAACUCCCACUCUUCUGAGGGUUUUUCGGGGAGACAAGCCUCAGUCUAUUUCACAAUGCCUGGGAAACCCUCGUUUCCCGACUCCCGAGUCCUGGCGCUGCUUGACGGGCAAGACAAGAGUCAGGCUGACAUCCUUACACCAGAGGACAAGGAAGGGAAAGCAGACUCUUUCCAAAAAGUCCUGGCGGCCUGGCAGGAAAUCUCACGGUCUGAGCUGCAGAACUCUGGAGGCUCCCUUCCUCUGGGGGGCGGCAGAGGCAGGCUCAGUGAGCUAGGCCUGAGCCGGAGGCUCGCUGGGGCUCAAGUCUCUGAAGACCAGCUAGAACCCAAGCCUCCACAGCACUUCUGGGGUCUCCCGUACCUUCACAGCGAGUCCAUGCACACUGUCGCUACGCUGUCGGCUCACUGCUCCUCCACGUGCUUCUGGUUCAACAGAGCCCCGGACGCCUCAGCCCUGACUCACCCCACAGUUGUGUCCAUGCCCGAGGGCCAGCCUCAGUCCCUGGGUGUCCUGCUCGCCGAGACCCAGGCCCAGCUUCAGCCUCCAAUCCCAAUGCCGCCACUGUCUUCCUCCCGGUCUCAGAUCAGGAUCUGCGGGGUGUAUUUUCACAGGUCCCAGGGAGAGACCGAAGCUCUUCUGCAGUCUGAAGUCCACCUCCUGGAGUGCAGCAUCCUGACAGAGAGAUGGGAGAGGGUGUGGGCUUUACCCUCGGGAGCCCAAAAAUCUCAGGAGGAGUUUCGCCUCCUGCCUUCCAAGCCCUCGCUGGUCAGGCGCUCCUCCAAGACCCACGCUCCCAAGCACGUUCCUCCUGGAAACUUCCCCCUGACUGACGCAUUCCGGAAGAAACUUGAGUACCACCUCCGAAAGAGGCUCAUCCUACAGCGCUGGGGCCUGCCCCAGAGGAUCUUCAAGUCUCAGCCGUGGACGAGUCCUGACUUUGCCGAGUCACCUGUGAGCAGCUGUGAGUUCUCGUGGGUCUCUCUCUUUGGGCACCACGACAGCAAAGACCCACACGACCCUGUGCCGAACCAACCUGGAAGCUCCCAGGAGAGGUGUUCAGAGAGUCUCCCUCCAGAGGGAAAAAUGGCAGAGGCAGGAGGACAGAGCUCAGAGACUGUCCAGAGACAUCUGCAGAGUAACUCCAAGGGCGCUCUAGAUAAUAGCCUGCAAUCUGACUGUGAGGAAAACCCACGAUUCCACUCGCGUAUUCUGCCGACCAAACCUUCGGGGACCUCACAGGUGAGCCAGUGUCGGAAAAAGAUCGAAACUGCCCUGCAAAAGCAUUUGAUCAGGCGUCUCGUUGAAACACAUGAGCGUCAGAUACCUGGCACUGUGUCCAGAUCAGGGAAUCGUCCUCUCCCUUUUACUUCAAUUGCGGGCAAGGAAGGGCGUGAGGCUCAGAGACAGUCACCUUCUGAUAAGGAGGAUGGACAUGUCAAAAGCAAGUCUGUGCUGCAACAGACAUCCAUUGUCUUAAACAACACCAGCCUGGAAGAGUCAGAGAGCAAUAAACACAGCCAAGAUGUGCCCAGAAUAUCCAACGAGGCUGGCCCUGUGUCACUGGGUAAGAGACUGUAUCCCAGCAAAACAGUUCGGGGGCAUCAAGGAACAAAGGUGAAUGACAAAAGCACGUUUGUAUCCAACAAGGUCAGUAACACGGUUAAAGGAGGGCAGCUCAGUGGUCUUGAAUCACAGCCUACCAAGAUCUUGAACACCAGCCAGGGCAAGAGUACCCAAGGGGCAGAUGGGAAUACAGCAAAAGUACAAAGUACUCUGGUAGCUGGAAGGGCCCUAAAGGAAACAUCAGGUCCCCAUGAAAGUCAGAUAUCUGACUAUAAUAGUCGGGUAUCCAGGGAAGAGAAAUUCAAACCAGAAAGCAGGCUGCCCAUCCAAGUUCUAGGGCCCCCAAAUGACAAACUACCUGCCUCAGACGAAUUCACUUGCAAACCUUCCCCCACACGUGGCCAGAGCCCUUCCAGGGGGCCCGUGAGUGUUUCUCAGGUAAGGCGGCAGGAGACCUGGAAGCCUCCUCACGUCUUAGGCAAGGGCCAGAGCAAGGACAUCCCUUCAUCUGCCAGGAAAUUAUGGCCUGCACCAUGGAAGACGGAAGAGCUGGGGACAGGGGCUGCAAGGCCUGGGACAUUACAGGCCAGCAGGAAGAGUUGCCAUUCACAGGAGAGCCUGACCCAGGGGGGGCACGGGGAGAAGCCCCCCCAGCCCCUGCCAGCGAAGGCACAGACUCCCCCUGAACACCAGUUCAGAAAGCACUUCAAACAGCUUCUGCAGCGGCUUUCUCCUGACAGAAAAUGCAAAGGACAGGAAACGUUGCAGAGAAAAGACGCUUCUCCUUCACCACCAGCGCAGGACCCAGAACUACUUAGGGGGAGAGCUACCUUUCCCGGGAACACCAUAGCUCAGAAAGCCAUGAGAGACCCUGGGAAGGUCCCCAAGGAGCAACUGGGGCAUAGGUAUGGUGCAGCAGAUGCCACGCGCUCCCGUGUGCCCUUAACUACUCCUACCAAGCCUGUGAAAACUAAGCCAAAGAAAGAGGGUUGGGUCCCAGCAGAGCCAGUCCAGGGGCGUCUGUUCCACCACCAAGCAGUCUACCCUAAAGUGCCAAGUCCCAGGUCCUACCACCAGGCCACAGCUUUUGUUGGUCAAAGGAGUUGGGUGGAAGACAGGCAGCCCCAGAAGCGUGUGGUUUCACAGCCAGAGGUGCACCGAAAUUUCCCCUCAAGGAGAGUUGGGCAAGUUCCUCGGGCAGCGUCGUCCCUGCCUGUAGGGACUGUGUUCGCAGACUUGUCCCGAUUAUGUGAGCAGAAAAUUCUGGCUCAGAACUUCAGUGGAAAAGGUUUUCUUCCCCAGAAAUAAUCUAUCUCUUAUUAAUGGUACUGAUUGCCCCCAAUAAAUGUUCUGAUGAAGUCGUG